AUGCUGGUCAGGAUUGUGGAGCCUCAGGGAUUCUUUACCAUUGCUGCUGGGAGUGCAAAAAGUGAAAGAAGACAGCGUCCGGCCCCCACCUGCCCGCCUGCCCCCAGCCCCCGCCAGCCCCGCUCCUGCCUGCACCCUGCGGGAGGCGGGCCGCGUGGCCAUGUGCCCCCGGUCAGCGUGCCGCGUGGGGCCGAGGGCGCGUCCGGCCUCCACGCAGCCUGGACGUAUGGGCUUUGCUUCGCCUGCUUCAAGGCGGCCUUCCUGGAACUGAAAGAAGCGCUGGAGCUCGAGGACUCGGACGACCGCUGGGGCCCCGAGCUGACGGGCUCCGCCGAGGCGGGGCCGGGCUUUCCGCAGUCAGCCGCCGCGGGGCCGGACGUGGGCCUGGACCGCCGCCCCGUGCCCACCGAGCUGCAGCCUCAGGAUGGCCCCCUGGGCCUGGGUCCCGAGGACGCUGACUGGACCCAAGGCCUCCCCUGGAGACUCGGGGCGCCCCCUGCCUGCUCGCACUGGCCGAGGCCCCCUCCUCCGUGGCAGGGGUUCCUCAAGGUGGGCCUGCCCCCCGGGGAGCCCAUGGCGCUGGAACUGGGCACCACCCGGGCGGUGGACCCGACCGCGGCCGAGGCCUGGUUACUGGACCUGCAGGGCGUCCCCAUGGAGGGCUGCUACGGUGCCACCUGCCUGCGGAAGGGGACGCCGGGCCGGGCCCUGAGGCCCUCGGGCCAGUGUUGGAAGCUGCUGCUGGGGCCCGAGGAGGUGUGGGUGGUGAGCCUCCACGAUGCCCCGCAGGUGCAGGAGCCGCAGAGGUGGAAGCCGAGCAUUCUGGAACCCUCUUGCCCAGGGCAGAGCCGAGAGCUGGUCCCGGCGCACUCAGCCCUGCUUGAGAGGGGGCUCGCCAUCCUCCCCCACUCGCCCUGGCCUGGAAGCGAGGCAGGCGGGGGGCUCAGCCUCUAGGCCACAGUCCUCCCCGCCAGCACGGGGUCCCAGCACCACGGGGAGCUAGAGCGGCGGGCCCAGGGCGCCUGGGGAGAGCCUGGCUGCCCUGGGAGCCUCGGCUCUGGGGGAGCUGCCCCGUUUCCAGCCCUUCAGCCCCGGGCCCCAGAACUGAGGGACGGAGGCAGGCCCACCUGUCCCCUGCCUGCUGGUCCUGGCUGCCCCCCCACAGGAGCCAAGGGAACAGGUGGCGAAGGAUGGGGACUUGCCCCUGAGGAGGAGGAAUGCUGAGCGGCCUGGAGACUGAGCGGGGGACCCACCUCGUCCUCCUUGGGAAGGGCUUCAUGCCCAUCACGGGGACACGUUCCUCCCCGUCAGAGGUCACAGUCAGGCACGUGACGCUCUCCAGGACGCGCUGCGUGAACACAUGCCGUACAGAGUGCGGAGAACCCCGCCCUGGAUGCGGGGAGAGAUGCCAUGUGGGACACACUCCCAGGAACAUGCUGGAGCCCAGGGGCCGCGUGGUGGCCUGAAGGGCUCUGGGACGCCACAGGCCCCUGUCGGCAGCACCGGCACUGCGGUCUGCAGUUGGGGACACCUGGUUUCACAUGCAGGCCGUUUUAUA